CAAAAACCUUGGCUAUUUGUUGCAUCCUUAGAGCAGCUUUUGAAUGAAGUAUGAGUUAAAAGAUAAACUCAGAAAAUUUUAUUUGCCAAAAUGAUGGAUGCUUAAAGACGAAAAUUGCAUGUAAGCGAAAGGGAUAAUCUUCCUAGACUUCUAAUGAUUUUAGGUGGACCAAGUCUCUUUAGCAACAUUAUCCAUACAGUUUCUAGAUAUUUAAAACUCAGUUUCCUCCUUGAUUUCUUCCAUCCCAGUGGCAGAGAAGUCCAAUUGAAUAGUUCUCCAUUUUUGCUUUAAGAAGUCAGUAAAAAGCUGUUCUUUUUUUAUACCUUCUCUUUACCCAUUUGCAUAUUGUUCCCAGUUCGCAGUCCUAGAUGGGUAGGGGAUGGUCACUCUCUUGUGUAUCAUUUAUUAGCUUAGCCAAGCUGGAUUGAUUGUGCAAUCUAAAUAAUACUUUUAGCUUAAAUGCCAAAGUAUUCCUUAAAAUGAAAGGGUUCUCCCAUUAAUGGCAUCUCUCUUUUGCUAUGAGAAGGAUAUUUUAUAAGAACUUCCUGUCAUCAAUAAACUCACUUCAUUUUCUAUAAGCAACUAGAGUAAUGUGUGAAGAAUAACUAGCUAGGUUUGCUCUGAUGCAAACUUUUGAAAAGCGGUUGCGAGCGACAUGAAGUCCCUGGGCAAGGCGUAGCUUCAUGGCGAAGAGGCGCUUUUCGCCAAAGCGUGAAGGCAACGAAGCGAUGCUUUUUGUGGCUUUGUCACACAGAGCGCAAGUCAAGGUGGUCAACAAAGAAAGGAAAAAAGAAAAGCAAUUACCCAAAGGAUUCUGCUAUGCCAAUGCUAGGUUUUCAUUUUUCCACCUCCACACUUUACAGUCGUAGACUAGCAAAAGCUCCUCCAGUCCGCCUCCUCAUCCGUUCUCGCUGCCUCCUCCGCACUGCCUCCACCUUGCCACCAUGCUGUGGCCUCCUCCAGUCCUCCCCAAGAGCCAAUGCCUACGCCUACGCCGAGUACCCGAGGCAAUUCGCAUCUUCCAAUAAAUUUUAUUUGUCAACAUGGGGCAAAGGAAUACCCCACACAACAGUCAUAUGAUUGAUUUUGAAGCAGAUCAGCAAGGGCAACACCAUAUUCUCCCGGAUCCUUGUGUCUUUUACGGGAAUUUGCCAACUUUUCCGCAGCCUAAUGUUCAUACUGUAGUACCAGUGUCAGGAAAUUCUGGUAAUACCUAUCUGCAUCCACUGCCAGAACAGCAUGAAAAUCCAUUAUUUUAUGGGAUGACACAUUAUAAUGGCACUAUUCAUCAGCGUCCUGCAACAAAUCUUGACAUAGCUAUGGCUACAUCUUCCAAUCAUUAUAAUCCUUAUGUGGCUGCUCCUGCUACUAGAGAAUUCCCGACUCCUGUAAUCCAUGGAGCACAUGAUCAUCUCCCAUUCACAACCGCUCAAGGCAUGGUUGGAAUUCACACAGAUGGUUAUGGUAGGAAUAUCCCUUAUGCUGAUGGUGUUAGAGGCUUAUUUAAGAGAAAGAAUGCUGAAGGAAUCCCCAUGAAUUUCCAGUACCAUCAUUCUAUGGUGGGUUCUAGUUCUGCAGUUGCCCCAGUGAUUGCAAGAGUACAUGAAGCUGAUACUCCUUUGGUGGAUGUUGCCUCCCGAAUCCCACCUGAUUAUGGCGACUCAUCCUUGUUGACUGAAGAUGUAUCUCAGAGAAGCCUGAGGAACAGAUCUGGUGUUAGUGGUCAAGAAACCAUAGCAGCACAUAGCAGUAAUCGCUUUAUUCAAGGAAGCUAUGUGGGCCAAGCAUUUCCAUUGCCUGCCAAUCCUUGGUUGGACAUGCAGCUGAAUGGUAAUCAGGCUGCUCUUUUACCUUAUGUGCAUGGCAACAUGGGAGGUUGUGUGGAGACUGGAAACAUGGGAAUGCAAGGUUAUCAAGGAACAGCUAACAAUGGGAGCUUGACUAGCUAUAUGCGUCCCCCUAUUGCGCAAGGAUUUCCAAGUGUUCAUCAUCAUCCACCAUCCAUACAGGGGAUGGGAGGUCAUAAUAUCAACUUCCCUCAAAUGGCAUCAUCUUCACGCAGACUCGUAACAAAUGGCCCCUCAAGCAGCAGCAUAAGUCCUUUCCCAGGUGUUGUUGAGGCGGGUCCUAGAUAUAUGGGACCUUUCCCACCUACUGGCUUUAGACUAUUCAGGCCUCAUAGAAGGGAUUUUGUGCUUGAUACAAAUAUUGCGAGAAAUCGUAACAUUCCUAGCAUGAGAGUUCUGCCAGAAGAUGGAGUGGCAAUUUUAGAGAUUCCUGACUACAAUGAAGUAGGGGAUUCUAUUGAUCAGCACAGAGAUAUGCGAUUGGACAUAGAUCACAUGUCUUAUGAGGAGCUUCUUGCGUUGGGAGAGCAGAUUGGUUGUGUAACUACUGGGUUGUCAGAGGAAGUCAUUAUAAGCCUUUUGAAAACAAGAUCGUUCACUUCCUCUAAUCCCUACAGUGCAGAAUGUUUGGACCAAGAAACUGAUUUUUGUGUAAUAUGCCAGAAUGAUUACAAAGACCAAGAAAAGAUUGGAAUUGCUGAGUGCGGGCAUGAAUAUCAUGUAGAUUGCAUAAAGAAGUGGUUGGUUGUGAAGAACAGUUGUCCAAUAUGCAAAUCCACAGCUGUGUCGCCAGGAAAAACGGCGGUGGAACAGCCUCUGUAAGAAACAUAUGCAACUUUUGUUUUUGUAUCUAAGUAUUUAUUGCCCAAUGAGAAGGAACAAUUGUCCUAAGCUGUACCAUAUAAGUCUGUAUAUACUUUGCUGAGAUCUGGCUAGCAGCCAAAACUAGUCACCCGACAUUUAAUCUUCUUGGGCAUGUAUCUCUCGCCCCCCGGGAUUGUACAGACUAUAGAAUUCCAAAGGUUCAUUUGGGUUUGAACUGUGCAUAGUAGUUGUAUCAAAAUUGCUGUUGAUAUGCAUAUGUGUAUCAAAGAUACAUUCAUUGAUUCUUUUGU